AAUGCAACAGGAACACCUCACCUAAGGGAGCCGCUCACUUUCUUUUGACAGGAGAUCAUCAGUCUGAUAAAUAUGUCCUCUUUAUUUGACCAUGGACUCAUCAGGACUGUGGUGGUGGAGCAGGUGGUCGCACCGCUCUCGUGUCAUUUAUGCCAUUUGGUGCUGCUGUGUGAGAAUUCAGAGGAGCCCGAACAGUUCAGUCACCUGGAGGAAGCGGCGCAGGCUGUGGCUCGAGCUACUGAAAACAUGGCAGCAGUGGCUUCCAGGCAAAUAUGUGAGACAGGCGACGAGGUUUUGCACAUGGAGAUGUCAUCGCUGUUGGAGUCGGUCUCCGUGUCUGGACAGCAUGUGCUGCUGGCAGCCCAGAAACUCAACAUUCAGCCAAGUUUGUCUGAACACAGAGAGGACCUCAUCACUGCUACACAAAACGUCUUCCUGGGAGUUGUCAAAGUUCUGUUAGUGGACGACGACGCUACCGUCAGGAGAGUUGUAGCUGCGGCUGACGGGGUUUUGGAGUGUCUCGCAGAGAUCGGCUCUUCUUUGGACACCAAGUCUCUGCUCAGAUCUUUCCAGGUGUUCUCUGAGGCUUUGUUACGCCUUAAUACUCUGACAGUGGAGAGAGCAAAUUCCUUACAGGACCCCAGACAAAGAAAACAGCUUCUUGAUUCACUGGAGACCCUAAAGAGGUGCAUCUCCAUGCUGCACACAGCUACGAUCACAACCAUCAAACACCCUGCAUGCGAGCAGGCGCAGGCAGCGAAGAGGUACAUUCUGGAGAAGGUGCAAAGCACGGAUGUGGUCAGGUGUGGAGAAUACAAAGAAGCUUCUUCACUGACCUACACCUCCCUUUUUCUGAAACAAGAAAGUGAUAGCUGGGAUCCCAAGGACAACAAAAUCGUCCAGGUGACCCGGAAGAUGGCGGACACAAUAUGCCACAUGACUCAGUACUUGAAGAAGAGAGGCCCAAUACUAAAUAAGGAGGCAUUCGUCACCGCGGCCAAAGAUGUCAUCUCAAACUGCCAGUCACUCACUCAGUUUAUCAGAGUCAUUGCCAACCACUGCUUGGAUCAACAGUGUACGGUUGAGCUGUCCCUGAUUGUUGAGCAGCUUCUCACCAUCACCAACCAGCUCAACAUCAUCUCCAGCGUUAACGCUGUAACACCUGGGUGCAAAUCGUCGGAUGAGAUCCUGGUGAAGAACGCACAGAAUCUCCUCCAAACAGUGCUGCGUGGUGUCCGUGCAGCUGAGACGGCCUGCAUCACUGGUUUGAAGCAGCCGGAACCAAACUCAGACGGAGCAGAGGCUACGGCUCUGUGUUUCCAGUGGAAAAGGAAUCUGGAGCUCCACCGAGCCCAGCAGACCUCUAACCCAGAGACUGACGAGCUUGGUUUGAGGAAGACCUCGUCCCACCCUGUAGCACCCAGUCUCGCCCCACCAGUGAACGUACAGCAUGGCUACAAGUGACGCACGUUAGACGGUCGCUUCUGGUUUGUGUGGUAGAGCUUUUAAAAAUGACGCAAGAAAACCUUUAGACCAUUGUCAACGACAUUUGUCUUGAACGUGCACACUAACGCGA